AUGUCGGAGCCGAUGGUCAUUUUCAGCUACAGCGCUGGGAUCAGCGCGUGCGGGAAGGGCACUCAGUGGCAGCGGGCGCUGGCGCUGCUGAGCGAGAUGCGGGAGGCGAAGCUGGAGGCCUCCGCGGCGCUCCUGGAGGCCGACGGCCCCGUGUGGACGCGCGAGUACCCGGAGGGCCCGGACGCCCGGGUCUGCGCCAUGGCCGAGGACGUUCUACGGCGCGUCGGCGCGUUCAGGAUGGUCGUCGGCCACACCAUCCAGGAGGGGCCCUCGGGCUUCCGCGUGCGCACCAGGUGCAGCGGGCGCGUCGUCCUCGCGGACACGGCCAUCUCCCGGGCCUACGGCGGCGAGCCCUCCUACGUGGAGCACGACGGCGAGGGGGGCGCGGUGGCCGUGUACCCGGGCCUCGGGCUGCGCGAGCCGCUGCCGCCGCUGCCCGCGGUGGCGGUGCCGGGGGCCCCGGGGGCCUCGGCGCUGGCCAUGCUGCAGCUGCAGGCGGGCGCUCCGCCCGCUUUUCGGGCUGCCAUGGAGGGGCUAUGGACUAAAGAUGGCGAUAUCGUAUUGGAGUAUCAGGAGAAAGACGAGCUGGCCCCUCUUGGGGGCGAGUCUGGACCAGGAGCAUUCGUGGUGUACCCUCGGAAUUUCAACAUCACCGCGAACCACGCGGCAAAUCAUGUACUGCUAGCCAGGCUGCAGGCCGGCCUGCGGCUGCUGGGCCUUGCCCUGGGCGUGCGCCUCGGGGUGAAGAGUAGCCGGGUAGGCUCGGGCGCCGCGCCGUGGGGCAAGGGGCUGCUGCCGGCCGUGCCGCGGGGCGGCGCGGCGGCCGCAGCAGGGGGCGGUCGCCGCGUCGCGCGGGCCAUGUGCGACCGCGAGGGCAGGCGAGCAAGGCUGGUCCAGAUCUUGUGGCUCACGUUCGCCAUCGCAGCCGCGGCCGUGGCCCCGAGGCCCUCGGUGCCCCCGGCGACGCUGCUGCCGACGAGCAAGACCGGGCUCGCCGCGCCGACGUCGCAUCCGACGUCCGAGGCCGCCGUUGUCUUCGCGCAGUCGGAGGAGGACGACGUCGUCGAGGUCGCGGAGUUCAUUCGGGGCGUGGGGAUCUCCCAGCCCCUCCCUGCGCGCGUCGCUGGUUUCGCAUUGUUUUCGGGCGUGCGCGCGGCAGAACGCCUCGGGGGUGCGAUGGCCCACGAACUGCGGGCGAUCCACUCAGCGGGCGUGGGCCCUCGCGAGCGCUCCAAUAUUGGGGGUCAAUGGAUCCGCGUGAAAGUGCUGUGCUUCGCCCAGCGUUUGGCGCGGCGGCAGACGGGCGCGCUGGUGUUUUCGGACCGGCAGGUGUCCCCUAGCGUGCGGGUGGCGCAGGUGGCGCCGCUGGGGCGCGAGCUCGUGGCCAGCGCGGCGGUGGACGCGGGCGAGGUGCUGAUCCGCCUGCCGCCGGAGCUGUGCAUCCCGGCGCCCGGCGGCGAGGGCGCGGCCGAGGAGGUGCCGGAGGACGUGCGGCUGGCGGCCUCGCUGCUGGAGGUGGCGGAGUCGGACUACUGGAGCGCCUACCGCGCCAUCUGGCCCACCAGGGAGGACCUCGAGGAGAGGAUGCCCGUGUUCUGGGGCCAGGCGCGCUUCGAGGGCCUGCGGCCGAGGCUGCCGGGGCUGGAGGCGCAGGUGCGCUCGCGCCGGAAGCUGCUGCGCGAGGCCGCGAGCCUGCUGGGCGCGCCGCUGGACAGGCUCACCUGGGCCCACGCCCUGGUGUCCGCCCGCGCCGUGGGCGCCGACGCGUGCGCCAUGAUCCCUGGCGUCGACAUGGCCAACCACGACGUCGCGCCGAACGCUGAGCUCGUCGUCGCGGGCCUGCCGGGCGUGGCCACUGGGCGGGCCACCGUCACGAAGUUGGGCGAGGUCUGGCCACAGGGCACGGCGAGCAUCGUCGCGAUGGGGGACAUCGCAGUGGACGAGCCCAUACGGAUAUCGUACGGGCGUUACCCGAACCAGCUGGCGAGGCCUAGGGUUGGGAGGAGGACCACUUACUCCUCAACGAUUUCCGCGACGUGUUCAUCCGGAAGAGCGUUCUUCCAGACGGACUCGUCCGGAUGCAGCUGUCAGGAUAGAUGCGUCCAGAUGCAUUCGUCGGCGGAUGAUCUCGAUCGUCUCUGGACGAACUCGCUCUCGGAUGAGUUCGUCCUCGGAUGA